AUGGUGCUCAAGACGGAGAAGUGCUCGUUCAGCGGCCUGCGCGUGUACCCGGGACACGGUAUGCGGCUGACCAAGCAAGAUUCAUCCACGUUCCUGUACCUGAACGGCAAGUGCAAGAAGCUCGCCGAGCAAAAGAAAAAGCCAGCCAAGCUCGCGUGGACGUACGCCUACCGCAAGGCGCACAAGAAGGACAUCGAGACGACGACGCGCAAGAAGACGCGCCGCGUGAACAAGAACGCCUUCACGCGAUCUUUGGUUGGGGCUUCGCUGGAGGUGCUCGCGAAGAAGCGCCAAGAAAAGCCGGAGGUUCGCGCCGCCGCUCGCGAGGCUGCGCUUCGUGAGAUCAAGGCGCGUGCGGCGAAGAAGAAGGGCGGGAAGAAGUAA